AUGUGGAGGACGAUAAAUAUAAUAUUAACAAUAUGUGUUCUGUUUUGUUCAUUUGUGAACUCUUCAAGGAUCCUGGCAGUGUUCCCGAUGCCAUCUAUAAGUCACCAGCUAGCGUUUCGCCCCCUCAUUCAUGAACUAGCGAAAAGAGGUCAUGAAGUUGUAGUAAUCACACCAGACCCGGCAUUCCCAAAAGGAAAAGCACCUACAAAUUUAACAGAGAUCGAUGUUCACGAUAUAUCUUAUGAAAUCUGGCAAGAAAUGUUCAACAGCCAUACAGGAGAUAAAGAUGAUGUCCUACAAAAUAUCGUGUUGAUGUUUAAACUAAUCACCAAAACAUUUGAAAAACAAAUACAAACACCCGAGGUGCAGAAGUUGAUGAAAGAGGAUUAUGACAAAUUCGAUAUCGUCCUUAUUGAGGCGUGUGUACGUCCUACUAUAGCUUUGAGUCAUAUUUUCAAAGCUCCUCUUGUUAUGGUUAGCUCAUUUGGUGCAGUUCCAGCCCAAUAUGAUUUAUUUGGUGCGCCCAUGCAUCCAUUAUUAUAUCCUAGCACCGGAAGGGUCAGGGUAUAUAAUUUAACACUGUGGGAAAAGGCGAAAGAAUUGUUUAUAUCAGUGUUUCUACAGAGGCUUAUAUCAACUACAGAAGAAAAUGAUUAUCAAAUGAUGAAACGAAAUUUCGGAGACGAUUUACCAAGCCUGGAAGAGUUAUUUAAAAAUGCAGAUAUGUUGAUGUUAAAUGAACAUCAUAUUUGGGCAGAUAACCACCCAGUAGCCCCGAAUAUUGUUUAUAUAGGUGGAAUGCAUUACAGACCAGAAAGUGAACUCCCUAAGGAUAUUAAACAGUUUUUGGAUUCAUCAAAGCAUGGUACCAUAUACAUCAGUUUUGGAACUAAUAUUAUACCAUCCAUUCUUCCUCGUGAAAGCAUCCAAGCGAUGGUUAAUGUAUUGACACGAUUACCCUAUGAUGUUCUGUGGAAAUGGGAUGAUGAUAACGUACCGACACAAGCGAAGAAUAUUAAAUUUUCAAAAUGGUUCCCACAAUCUGAUCUUCUAAGACACCCUAAUAUAAAACUAUUCAUAACUCAAGGAGGUCUACAAUCGACAGAUGAGGCUAUAAAUUCUGCAGUACCAUUAAUAGGUUUGCCCAUGUUGGGUGACCAAUGGUACAAUGUAGAAAAGUAUGUUCGAUUCAAUUUUGGUAAACAAUUGGAUAUAAUGGCACUAUCUGAAAAUGAGUUUAGAGAUGCCGUGGUUGCAGUUAUUGAAAAUCCAAGUUAUAAAGCGAAUGUCAUUAAAUUGCGCGACCUAAUGAGAGAGCAUCCAGUCAAACCAUUAGAUCUAGCUGUGUGGUCGAUAGAACAUGUUAUGAAACAUGGAGCAAAACAUUUACGCCCCCCGACUUUUGGAGGCAUGAGUGCAUUUGAAUAUUAUGAAGUUCCCUUAAUAUUAUUCCUUCUUGGCAUCCUGGCAGCCAUUUUGUUAGCUGUGAUCAUUGUAAUCGUUUUGAUUAUACAUUAA